UGUUUGUAGACUGCACUGUUAAUUAAUUGAUUAAAAUUAUGGCUUCCUUAGUUGCGGAUUACGGAACUUCCUCGGGUUCAGAUAGUGAUGGUGAUGACGUAUCGGAUGAUGGUGAUAACACGGGAAGAAGAAGAAGAUGGGGAAGAUGAUGAGCCUGGUGAAAAUAAUGAUGACAUACAAACUGAAACUGCUUCCAAAGAAAAACUUCCAUUACCUACACCUGAUUUUAAUGGCACACCUACUUUGAAAACUUCUGUAUUCUCUAAUCCAUUUGUUGAAGCUGAAAAAGCUAAAAGUGCUAUACUUGAAAAACAUGUCAAAAUGACUCCAACAUUGGAUGAUACUAAAAUGAUAAAUGGUAGAAAAAUUUGUUGGAAUUAUAGAAAAGGCAGAUGUCGAUUUGGUCACAAUUGUACUUUCGCUCAUGACUCAGACUUGCAUAGAACUGCAGCUGAGUUGGAAGCUAUACGAGCUCCGCAAGAAACCAUUAUUUGUCAAACUCAGUAUAAUGGUCAGCUUUCUGUAAAUGAUGAAAAUGAUGUUGAUCAAGAGAACAAUCAUACAAAUAAACGUAAAAAAAGACCAGGAUUAAGUCAGUCCUUAAUUCCUAGUAAAAAGGUCUUAAAAAUGUACAAAGCCCAGCAAACUAAAGCUAUUAGUAGGUAAACAAAAUGUAGUCAUUUUAGUAUUUCAAAGUAUAUAGUAGAAUAUAAAAGCAAUGCUGACUAUUAUUGUCAUUUGCUUUUAAAAAAGAAAAGAUAUUAGUCCUUCCAAUACUUAAAUUAGUUAUAAAUACAAUUUUACAAUUCUACUAAGCUCAGUUUACAGUUGUAUAGAGGAAGCUGCUUUAAACAUAAUACUUGGAAGAACUAUCUUCCAUAAAUAACAAUUUUUAUAAAUUUUAAUGACUUUUACAUAAACAAAAAAAGAAAAAAAAUAUUUAUGGAAUUAAACAUAAAGCUAAGAUAUCUUGCAAACAAUGCUUCCAGAAUGCUAAUUAUUAAUUCAUAUUAUAUUUAUAUAUAUAUAUAUACAUAUAUGUAUAUAUAUAUACUUUUUAAAUAAUUAAAAUCUAGUAUUUUUAGGUAAUAACUGGUAUAUCUUUAUGGAACAGGUUGUAAUCUAUACAAAGUUUAGAUAUUAUUUAUAGAUUUAAUACUUUUUAUGUGCUUAAAAAAAAAAA